AUGCUUUCCAAGUACCUUGCCUUCACUACCUUGAUGGCCUUGGCUGUCGCCCUCCCUGUCACCCCAUCUGGCUCUGAGACUGCGGGGGUUGAGAUCCCUGACUCUAGCAUCUCUGUUAAUCUUCCUCCUGCCAACGUCAACAAGCGUGAGGUUGAGAACACUGAUUCUGACAUCUCCAUUAAUCUUCCUCCUGUCAAUGUUGACAAGCGUGCUGUGGCAUUCUAUGUUGCAUCAAAGGAUGACCCCAAUGUUGCCAAACGUGCUGUUGCGUUCUACGUUGCUCCCAAGGAGGGUGCCAAUGUUGACAAC